AAAUCUCGUCCCGUGCCGUCUCCGCCUUCAAUCAGAGCGGAGCAUUCCACGCUCCUCUCAGCGGAGCGGCAGAGGCGAUGGGGCGGCCGAGGCCCAGGAGAGGGGGGCGGCGGAUCGACGCCGCCAUUGACCACCUCGCCCAGUACGGCUUCCCAAGGCCCCAAAUCCGCAAGAUCAUCAACAACCUCCUACAGCUGUACGGGAGGGAUGGCUGGGUGUUCCUGGAGGAGGGAUCAUACCGGGUUGUGCUUGACAAGCUCCUGGAAGAACAGGGGCAGCUGGAUAAACAAGAAGAAGCAGCGGAGGACAAGGCAACACCAGAAAAUGAUAUCGAAGUGUCACGAGCAGUGCAUAGUGAGGCACCAACUGAAUCUCAGUCAGCCCUUGAACAGCAAGCUUCUCCCAAUAGUUUGCCUCCCCAGGAACAUGUACUGCCACUACCUCCAGCUACAAGAGCUGCUCCUGCAACGCUUCCCUGCUAUGGAUGGAUCAGCGAAGAGUCCGAGACAGAGAGUGAACCAGAGGAUGGAGAAAUGCUUUCAGAUGUACCAAGGCCGGCAAGUAUCCCACAAAAGGAUGUACCAAAUCCUGCAGAAACCUUGCCUUCUAAGAGGAAGUGGCCAACUAGAUGGGAUAUGCGCCCUAACUGGGGCUGAGAUCAAAGUUGCAAGAUGGUGACCUUCAAGGAUGGAGAACUCUUAGCGCAGGGAGCAAGAUGUCAAUCCAUGAAUUGACUUUCACCUGUAUCUUGUACAUGUAGAACUUAUCUAGCAGGGAGCAGCAGACAGUAUGGGACAAUGUAGCUGCUGUGUGGUUGCAGAUUGACAGCAGAAUGCAGAUUGCUUGUCUGACAGUGCCUGUGCAGUUCAGACCUAUGUUGAAACUUUGAUCCCUCCUUAUUAUGCUGUGUCAUAUAUGACUAGCUUUUUAGCUAAAGCAUAUAUGCCUAACUUGGUGGCAUUUGCUUUAGGAUCUGAUCAUGGAUUCUCUUAAUCAAAUUAAUUAAUUUAGCCAUUGGAAGAUCGA